AUGAUGGGUUUGGGGUAUUUGGGUCAUGGAGGGUCUGCCUCAUCGUCGUCCAAUUUAUCGGCUUUAGCUCCACCUUUUACAGUUGAUCGAUCCAAUUCAAAACUCAAUUCAAACCCAAUUGUGCAUUUCACUGAUUCACCAUAUGCCGCAGCCUUUGAUGAAACCUGGCUAUAUCCCCACUCUACAGCUUCUAGACCUGAUUUUGUUUCCAAUCUUGACCCGGAAGUCGAUUCCCCUAGUCUGCCUCUAACAAAUGAUUAUCGGUACCCGGGUUCUCAGUCUAUCAACCCACAAAGUCAUUGGUCUACACUAAAUCCUACUCCUAAAACUGCGACAGAUGCAUUUUCCUAUCCUGUUGGAGCUAAACCGUAUUAUCCUCUUUAUGUCUCACCAGAACCUUGUUAUGAUCCACUGUUGAAUUCUGGUGGUGCCCUCAUGGAUGUAUCUCCUCAAGUCGAUUACACUCGUAGCUUGUCUCCUUUGGAGUGUACGCCACAGUGGGGUGGCUUUUGGAAUGGAUUGCCCGAUGAGAAGCGGGGUAAGCGUGUAGAACUUGAUGGGAGUUUCUACUCAGUGGAGAAGAAUAUUUCUGGUUCACAUGUUUACAAGAAUUACAUAAAUCAAGGAGUUCAUUCUGAUGAGGAAAGAGCAAAUAUGAAGAAGAUUGUGCCAUUUCACUGGGAAAAUGUACCAAUGUUUUUGGAAGAGCAAACCCUGCUGGUUCUUCAAGUACUGUGCAGUUGA